AUGGCCAAAGUGGACUGGUUGAGUGUGACAGGAGCCAGCAGGCAGCAGGAGGAGAUGGUGUUUUAUUACUACAGCAACCGUAGCAUCCCGGUGGGCCGCUUCCGGGGCCGGGCGCAGUGGCAGGGGGACAUGUCCCACUGGGAUGGUUCCAUCCAGCUGCGGGACCUGCAGGUGAACGACAGCGGCACCUACACCUGUGAGAUCCGGCUGCUCCAGCACAGCCGCAUCUUCAAGAACCACACGGUGCUGCGUGUCAGCUCCACAGGACAGAGAGCAGCAGCAGGUGCCCAGGAGGCUGAGGUCCCAGGGAACACUGUGUUUUGGCCUGUGACCGUGGGCUGUGGCUGUGUGGCCGUUGUGCUGGCUUUCCUGGCUGGGCUCAGCCUGAGGAAGAGGUCUGCAGCCAGCAUGGCCCUGGAGAGGACUGGAAGCGAUGGCAGCAAGAACAAAGCAGAGGAAGCCCUUUACGCCUCAGUCCCUGUAGCUGAGGUACCCAAGGCUGAACAGCGUGCAGGAAAGAAGAAGAGAGCCGAAGAGAUCUACAUAACCAUGCACCCCUCUGCCUUCCGGGAGAACGGCGUCUACGUGGAGCUGUCCCGGGGGGUGAUCCCGGCAGAAUGGAUGGGAAUGGGGAGACAGAGUGAUGGACAGAGGGCUGAGCCCUGCAGCAGGCCAGAGGCAGCACUUCCCUGGGCUCCAGAGGGGGAGAAGGAGCCGUGCAGAGGGAAGUCAGCCCCUUAG